UAAACACUCAGUACCUCUCAGUUCAUCAAGUGACAGUAUGAGCAACCUAACUCAGUCGACUACCCUUCCUCAGCAAAACAACCAAGAUGAAAGGGGAAAUGAACAAGCUGGUGAUAAAACUAUAAGCCAGCAACAAAUUGAUGCAUCAAACUGGCUCCCGAUAACUGCUGAUAGGAAUGCAAAAUGGUAUUAUUCGGCUUUCCACAAUGUUACGGCGACUGUUGGUGCCGGAAUUCUAGGGUUACCAUAUGCAAUGUCACAACUUGGUUGGAUUCCAGGAAUCACAGCUAUUGCUCUUUCUUGGUUGAUCACCUUCUACUCGUUCUGGCAACUUGUGGAAUUGCAUGAGAGUGUGCCCGGAAAGCGAUUCGAUCGUUACCCAGAACUAGGGCAGCAUUGUUUCGGACCCAAACUGGGGUAUUGGAUUAUCAUGCCACAACAAACUACUGUCCAAGUGGCUUCAGGCAUUGUGUAUUGCGUCACCGGUGGCAAAUCAUUGAAGAAAGUCUUUGAACUUCUCAUUCCGGCAUGGGGUGAUAUUAGAACAACUUACUUCAUCCUUUUCUUUAUUUGCUUGCAAUUUGUGAUAUCUCAAUCUCCAAAUUUCAAUUCUUUAAAGGGAGUUUCUCUGUUGGCUGCGGUCAUGUCUUGUGGUUAUUCUUUAAUAGCAUUUGUGGCAUCAACAAUCCAAGGUACGAAACAUCAUGAGAAUAUGAGCUAUGGAGUUCGAUCUUCUACAACUGCUGGUCAAGUCUUUGAUAUCUUGAAUGGGUGUGGAACAAUAGCAUUUGCUUUUGCAGGACAUAGUGUAUCUCUAGAAAUUCAAGCUACAAUUCCUUCAACUCCAGAGAAACCAUCAAAAUAUGCUAUGUGGAAAGGUGUUGUGGUAGCUUAUGUUAUUGUAGCAUUUUGCUAUAUCCCGGUUGCAGUGUCUGGUUACUGGGCUUAUGGCCGUCUUGUAGAGGAUGAUGUUCUCAUAUCACUAGAUAAGCCUGCAUGGCUAAUUGCAGCGGCUAACUUUAUGGUGUUUCUUCAUGUUAUUGGAAGCUACCAAGUUUUCAGUAUGCCCGUGUUUGACCAGAUCGAGCAAUAUUUGGUAGAAAAUCGGGGUUUUACCCCUGGACGACCUUUGCGGAUCAUUGCUCGUAGUUUAUAUGUAGCCGCAGCAGGGUUUGUUGCAAUGUGCAUUCCAUUUUUUGGAGGCUUAUUAGGAUUAUUUGGAGGCUUGGUAUUCUCCUCUAUAUCGUUUUAUAUGCCUUGUGUUAUGUGGCUUAUCACCCAAAAACCAAAAACAUUUAGCUUUCAUUGGCUUACUUCAUGGGUAUGCAUUGUUAUGGGCGUCCUGCUGGCAGUUCUUUCACCAAUAGGAGGGGCACGUACAAUUUACAUGCAAGCCAAAACUUACCGUUUCUUUUCUUAGUACACUUACAAACUGAUUUUUGUUAUUGUUUUCUUAGAACAGAGUAGAUACUCUGUAAGAGUGCGUUUAAGUAUAAAAUUUCCAUGUACUUCUCUUUUUGAGAUUUAUGUAGUUUGUUUUUAGUUAUUUUUAAUAAAAAAGAAAACUCAUUCUUUGUUCGA